CAAGGCAUCUCACCUAGAUCAGCAUAGAUUUACUCCGAAAUUGUUUACAAUUUUGUAAACAACAAGCCAAUAGAAGAAUGACAAAAAAGCUAAAAAUAAGCAGCCCCAAUCGAUGAACCCCCCAGACAACUCCCAGCACACUGACGAGGGAAAGCCACUAGACUAGAAUAUAAACUGAGCAAACCCCAUUUCUUAAGUAACGCUAAUGAUGUUACCAAGGAUCGGUAAUGAAACACCUGCAAGAUCACCAAGUUCGGAGAGAAGGAAGGGCUGCUUUGUUCAGGCAAUUUUUUAUGGUACUAAGGGACCCGAGCAUGCGCAUAAGACUUGACAAAAAAUCCCUAGGUUGCAGGGAAAAAGGUUUGAGUGCGCUGGGAGGGAGCGCGCUCUGUGGUCCAGGCUCUGGGAGGCCGGGGGAACCUCUGCGGGAAGCGACUUGCAGCUGCUCUUCUCAGCCUCAGAAGCCCUGAGGGAGCGGAGCCCCCCUUCUCUUCUCCCCCCCCCGAAACCGGGAAAGGGUCGGGGGGAUCGGCAGAUGCAGGAGCUGUUCACAGGAGAGAUCUCAGCAGAGCUCCAAGAAAGAGGAAAUCAAUGCAAUCCUUCUCAAGAGUUGCUUUUCAGGAGGAUCCAACUUGGGGCACUACAGCAGGGCUCUGAUCCCUUUGAGGAGAUCACUGUGGAUUUUACAGAAGAGGAGUGGGAACUGCUGGAUUCUGGCCAGAGAACCUUGUGUAGAGAAGUCACAUUGGAUGCUUUUAGGAAUAUGUCUGCCCUGGGUGAUCUGAUGGAAAAGGAGAAGCAGGGGAGAUCAAUGCUGCUGCAUACAUUAAACUAUGAAGUAGAAGUGAUGUUUGACCAUCAAGGGAAUCCAGAAACACAAGAAAGAAGCCACUCAGAAGGUGGAGAGGAAAAGAUCUCCACAUCUCAUUCCUUUUCUCUUACUUUACCUAAGAACCUUUUCUGGAAACACAAACCACAUACCAUUGUAAAAUUGGGGAAGGUUUCCGGUCUGAACAGAAAGGCUAAAAUAUGCACAAAGUAUGGAAAUAACUUUAGUAGUAAGACUAGUCUUAACGGCCAUCAAAGGAUCCACACAGGAGAGAGAAUUUACAAACGCCUGGAUUAUGGAAAGAGGUUUUUUGACAAUAAAGUCCUUACUCAUCAUCAAUGGAUUCAUACAGGGGAUAAACCGUAUAAAUGCUUGGAAUGUGGAAAAAGCUUCCAUUUAAGGAGUAGUAUUAAUCGCCAUGAGAGGAUCCACAGAGGGGAGAAAAAAUAUAGGUACAACAAGUGUGGGAAGAGAUUCUUUGAGAAUAGAUCUUUUAUUAUCCAUAAAAGGAUCCACAUUGGGGAGAGACCGUAUAAAUGUCUGGAGUGUGGAAAGAGCUUUUUUGACAACAAGGUUCUUACUCGUCACCAAUGGAUUCACACACGGGAUAAACCAUAUAAAUGCUUUGAGUGUGGAAAGAGUUUUAUUCACAAAGGACAACUUAAUUCUCAUAAAAGGGUGCACACGGGAGAAACCGUAUAAAUGCAGUGUGUGGAAAGAGCUUCCGCUUGAAAAGUUAUCUGAACUACCGCAGAAUCCACAGAGGGGAGAAUCCACAGAGGGGAGAAAAAACAUUCCUGCAGCGAGUGUGGAAGGAGAUUCUUAGAAAAAAGAAAUCUUACUAUCCAUCAAAGGAUCCACACACGGAUAUAUUCAGAAAGAAUAUCUUACUAUUCAUGAAAGAAUCCAUACAGGAGAGAAACCAUAUAAAUGCACAGAGUGUGGAAAAAACUUUCGUAGCAAGCGUAGUCUUAAUUGCCAUCAAAGGAGCCACAUGGCUGAGAAACCAUAUAGUUGUGAGGAAUGUGGAAAGGCCUUUGAUUUAAUAGGAAAACUUAAUUCUCAUAAAAGGAUUCACACAGGAGAAAAACCCUAUAAAUGCACAGAGUGUGGAAAGAGCUUUACUCAGAAACGACUACUUAAUUCUCAUCAAAGGCUCCACUCAGGAGAGGGACUGUAUAAAUGCACAGAGUGUGGAAAGAGCUUCAGUACACACUCUUAUAUGGCUCGACAUUUAAUGAUUCACACAGGAGAUAAAACAUAUAAAUGCC